AUGCAGCCCCUCGCCGUGCUCGACGAUGUGGACGCCGCGCCACGGGCCCCAGAACUGAUUGCAGACCCCAAGCGCGUGUCUGCAGCACCCACAAAGUCGCCUCGUCUCGGAGGUCUCCGCACGCGCUCUGUCUCCUUCCUCCAGGCCGUCGCACACACCGCGCCUACCACUCCCGCACGCUCCCCUCAGCCGUCCUCCCCGCCCAGCCCCACUCAGGAACACCCCCCGAUGCCCAAGAACGGCGGCAAGGUCGGCCCGCUGCACGAUCUCAAACGUUUCCUCAACCACCAUAUACCCCACCACCACCACACUCACAACCUCGACUCGCACUUCCUCGCUCCCGAAGAUCACAGGCACCACCCGCCAGCGACCGCACCCACCUCUCCUCCUCGCACUCCAGAAGAGUCCCACGCUUCGCCCGCUGACCAGCUUCGCGGAGAGCACUUCGACAACCACACCCUGCCCAGCACAGCGCCUUCUACGGAGCCGCACACCCCUCCGUCUCCUACGUCAGAUUCAGAUGGCCAAAAGGCGCCUCACGAGAACCGCUUUGCUUCUAUCAUCAAGCGCAAGGACGCUAGCCCUGGCAACGUUCGCAAAUCUCCCUCGCCCUCGGCCCUGUCCAAACGUUCGUCGGACAACAGGCAGCCUUCUCCCGACGGCACUCCGACAAGAAAGCCUCCCGCAAGAGCAGCUUCCACCCACUCCUUACACGGCAACCACCAUGUACAGGCUAUCAACUCGCUAUCACAAGCUACCCACGCCCACCUCUCCAAGAAGUACGGCAAGUGGGGACGCCAACUUGGUUCGGGUGCGGGCGGCACCGUUCGCCUCAUCAAAGCUUCUACCAAGAACGGCGGUCAAGUCUUCGCUGUCAAGGAGUUUCGCCCGAAGAGGAAUAACGAGAGCGAAAAGGAGUACCAGAAGAAGGUCACCGCGGAGUUUUGCGUGGGCUCGACGCUCAAGCAUCCGAACAUCAUUGAGACCGUGGACAUCGUUUGCGACCACGGCCAUUACUACGAGGUGAUGGAGUACGCACCGUACGAUCUCUUCUCGGUAGUCAUGUCCGGAAAGAUGUGCCGGCCGGAGAUCUACUGCGUCUUCCGUCAGAUCUGCGAUGGCGUCGAAUACCUGCACUCGAUGGGGCUUGCGCACCGAGAUCUCAAGCUCGACAACUGCGUUAUGACUACCGGCAACGUUGUCAAGCUUAUCGACUUUGGCACCGCCACCGUCUUCCACUAUCCCGGCAAGGCCAUCAACAAGGCAUCAGGCGUCGUCGGCUCAGAUCCUUACCUCGCGCCGGAGGUGCUCUCAGAAGAGGAGUACGACCCACGGAAGACGGACGUCUGGUCCGUCGCGGUCAUCUUCGUGUGCAUGGUCCUCCGCCGCUUCCCGUGGAAGAUUCCUGAUCCGAAGACCGAUCCCUCCUUCCGCGCUUUCGUCAACACGCACCCAGAACUCUCGCGCAAGCCAGAACCCCGUACGCCUCGGCGCCAGCCCUCGCAGAACGGGAUCGAGGCAUCCGCGGAGCGCCCCACUAUGGCGCCUCGCAAGAGUCUGACGAUGCCUAAUCCGGCGCCCGGGCCGCAAGAGGAGCGCACAGUCAGCUCAAGCACCGGAAGCACCGACCACAGCAGUACUUUCGAUGCCGCCUCGGUCGCGCCUUCGACGGCCGAUACCGACCUCAGCCCCGCCUCGUCCAACACCAGCGAUCACAGCAAGGACCUUGGGAUGUUCCCUGCGAGCCCCUAUAUCGCCAGCCGUAGCACGGCGACCCUGCCGCCUUUGAGACCUAUGGACUCGCCUACGGGCCUGGAUGUCGAAGUCGACGAGCGCGCGAUGGAUCCCUCCGUUCGCGUGUUUGCACGUCCGGGUACGAGUACCGAGUCGCUUCCUCUCAGUCCGAAGACCGGGUUCCGUCCCUUCUCGCCGCACCAUCAACACUCUGCGCCCCAUCCGCACAGUCCACGGCUAGAAGAGCCUGAGGUCACGCCCCGCCCCAACGGUGUUGCGUUCCCGUCGGAGCCCGAUAACGGCACCGGCUCGUCGGCGCAAAGCCCAAGUCCCAUCCAGGCUCCCAUCGUGCACAUCGACGCGCCAUCGACACCCGCUCUGUCAACCCCUACACCCAAGCCGGAGGCCCAGACGAACGGCACCGCGAAGGUGAACGGCGAUGCCGCUUCAGAGCAGGAGCAGAAGUCGGAACCGGAAGCCGAGAAGCCGAAGACCGAGGAGCCCGCCAUCAAGGCGGAGGACAAGCUCAACGUGCCGCCACGGCGCAAGCGCACGGAUAGCCAGGCUACGUACAAUGGCCAUCCGGCAUCGAGUACGAGCGCUGGCGCCGAGAGCUUAUUCCGCCUGCUUCCGCGCGAGUCAAGGGCUGCCUUACGGCGGAUGCUGCACGUUGAGCCGAGCGCGCGCUGCACGCUUACGGACUUGCUGAAGGGCCGCGGCAAGACCAGCGGUCUUCUGUGUGGGUGCAAGACGCACGGCGGUGCCGACGGCGUUGACACCCAGAACGUCGACGAGUGCCCCGAUCAUGCGCUUGACCCGGAAGAGGAAGACGACGGCGACGAGUGGCUGCGCGGUAUCAUUCCUUGCAGCGACAACAGCCAAACGCCGCAGCACACGCAUAUCAAGGUCGCCGUAGAAGAGAAGCCGGCCAAGAAACGCUUCUUCUAA